AUGUCGCUAUCGAAAAAAAUUCAGGGCCACCCUAAACCAUCCAGAGAAGCGAGAUCUAACAAAUCAUCUAAUAUGCCUGUUAUUAUUCCGGAUGACGAAGACUGUUGCAAACUGUUCGCGGCAGAUGUGCUGUGUGGCCGUGACAGAGCGCCAAUGACCCAUCCAGGAAACAAACGAUUCCGACAAAUGAUCAUGCAGAAACGAGAGGCAUAUCAGAAAGCCACAUCACAUGAGGCACGGUUAUCAGUCACUGAUGAAAUAAUGACAACGGUAGGCGAAUAUGGCGGUCGUUUCUUGAGACGAAAUGGCAAAAGUGGAAAAUUGGAACAAAUGGAGGAUGGAUUGGCAAGAGAACUCAUUCAGAAAGCCAUUCAAUGUGUACCAAAGAUUCUACCAAAAAUACCCAAACGAACCCCUCCUACCAUGUUGGUUCGAAUGGUAUCCGAAGAAAAUACAAGUUCGGAUGUAGACGAUGAGUCAAGGUUCCAGAAUAUUCUCAGCGACCAACGCAAAAUAUUCGAAGCACUUAUGAGACAGCGAGGAAUGAAUUUGCCAUAG